AGUCUGCUGGAGGUAAUUCCGCGCACUGGGGGGAAGGAGAAUGGCGUUAGUGCAGGCUGUGGUAUCUCCUGCCUGGCUGGCCAAGGCAAUCAGCAGCGCUAAGGCCGGGCCGUUGCGGGUCUUGGACUCCUCUUGGUAUUUGCCAGAAAUGCAGAGGGACAGCAGGAAGGAGUUCAAGGAGAAGCAUAUUCCCGGCGCUACCUUCUUCGACUUGGACGAAUGCAGAGACCGCUCCUCUCCUUACGAGCACAUGAUGCCCGGGCAGGAGCUUUUCUCCCGAUACUUGGCCAACCUGGGCAUCUGCAACGACACCCACGUCGUCAUCUACGAUGCCAGCGAUUUCGGGCUGUACACUGCCCCCCGGGUCUGGUGGAUGUUCCGGGCUUUCGGUCACAGCCGGGUGUCGGUGCUGGAUGGCGGCUUUAUCAAUUGGUGCAGGGAGGGUCUCCCGGUCACUUCGGAACUGCAGGACUACCCCGUGGCUGAGUACAAGGCAAAAGCCAAAGCCCAGGUCAAAAGUUACCAGGAGAUCCUGGACAACAUCCAGAGCAAACAGUUCCAGCUGGUGGAUGCCAGGCCAGAGGGCAGUUUCAAAGGAACCGAGCCUGAACCCUUAGAAGAUAUUGAACCUGGGCACAUCCCCGACAGUAUCAAUAUCCCCUUUGAGACCUUCAUGGAUCCAGAGACUCUCAGGAUGAAGAGUGAAAAGGAGCUGCAGUGCUUGUUUGAGGAUCACAAUGUCGACCUGAAGAAACCACUGGUAGGGACGUGUAGUAUCGGGAUCACUGCCUGCUUUGUUGUCCUUGGUGCCCAAAUCUGUGGGAAAGAAAAUGUGAUGAUCUACGAUGGUUCCUGGCAAGAUUGGUUCACCCGGGCCGACCCCAGUCACAUUAUCUCGGAGAGAAAGGAGAAAGUCAAAUAAGCAGCACUGAAAGCAAUGUUUUAGAUUGUGCUGUUCCCGUACCAAAAUUAGUAGAUAAUUUGAGAGUCAUUCUUAAGUUUUAUUUGACUGACCAACGAAUCUAUCUUUUAUUGUGUUGGAGGUAAGAGGAGAAGGUCAAGUCAAACCAAGUAUUUACUGGCAUCCCCCACUAUCCAAAAGCAGAGCAUUUCUAUGAAACGUGUAAAGCAAAGAAGCAUCAACUCAUAUGGGGAAAAAUUUCACCUUUUUUCAUAAAAGUGAAAAUCCUCUUUGGAUUUAUGAAAACGUGUACUAAUGUAGGUCUUUCGUAAAAAUGAAGUGGCUUGAAGCGAACUAGCGAAAGACAGGGGAUAGCUGUACUUGAAAGGUUUGAUCUAUUCCCUGGUAGAAGGGCCCUGUGAAUAAUUAGUAAGUGUUCUUCUGGGUAUUGAUGGCAACAACAGGUGGCCCUCUUUUGUCUUGUUGUUUCAGUCAUAGUUUUGGAUUUCUCAAAUGAUGAUUUGCCCGGAGACUCGACCUUUUUCACAAGAUGCAGCAGGAUGGCAGGUAAAAAGAAGCCAAGGACAGUUUGUUGAGAACCGCUCUAAAUGUAUAGUCAGUGAUAGAAGAGUGAUGAGAGACGUGUGACUUGUGAAGGGAAAUGAAGCCAUUUCUGGGGAAAGUUUAGCACCUUCCAGAAUCAUUCACUGUUUUGUUUCUUGCCAUAUUUGUUAGGGGCACGACGUUGUCAUUUCCUGAAGGUGCUACAUGUGCUGAGGCUGAGUGUCCACUGAGUUUCAAAAUGCUUCUCUCAGUGAUUUACUCCUUGAAUGCAGUGACUGCUCUGUGUAGCCAAGAUUUUAAAGUGAGACCAGUUAGCUUUUGAUGAGUAUAGGAAGCCUGAAAUUGAAAUGAGUCUGGCAUAUCUUUGCUUUCCAAGUGAAAUUAUUUGUUAUUGAGUCGAUGUUCCUCUUCUUAUUAACAUUAACUGUAAACUCACAGCCUUUACAACAUCACUUGUGGGUUAAGAGUUAGUUUACUUAUGCUGCACCCAAGAGUGUGAGAGAAAUAAAGGCUACAUUCCUAUUCUGUUCUUGAUCUAACCCACACAACUGAAAACAGAAAACAUUUCCCCUCAGCUUGGAAGAAAUAUUGUAGAGGAGAAUAAGACUUGGCUGAACUAUGCAUCCUGUCUGGACUUGCUUCAUAGAAAUUGAGAAUGUCUUCAGGGCAAGUUCUGACUUGUGAAAUUGGGAAUGCUCCAUUGUUAAUGACAGUAAAGUUAGUCUGGAUUGCAGAAUAAAUAACAGUGAACAAUUCCUGGCAUUGCAAUGAAACCUGUUCCUUUCAAUAACAUUCUGAACAUUUUCUAGCAACAUGUUCAGCCUUGUUAUUAAUCUUUAUAUGCUUAAUACAUAUCGAAUGCGCCUCUGUCCUUCUCAGUUUACACACAGGCCAAGUAUGUUGUAAUGUAGAUUUAAAAUAUACAUUGGAAAAGGAGAUGGAACAUUGUACAAAAAAAGCCUUCCCUGUACAGCUAACUAGAAUAAAGGAAAUAAUGGUACAGAAGUUGGCCAGUCAAUACCAAAGUAAUCUAUUUUGUUGCUGUAAAAAGUUUCCCUUGAAAUGUUUAAUUAAAAUUUUCAGAGUUUCGAAGGAUUUUUGUUAGACACGUGUCCAGAAAAGUUUUGAGAAAAGCUUCAUUCAGACGAAUAGUCAAAGAGGGAAUGAGGGGAUCACAUUACUGCAUAAAUUUGAUGAAUUGUUGAAUGUACCUGAAAAUAUAGAGGUAGGUUUGAUACAAUGAGAAGUCAAGCAAUCUGAAGUAUUCAAUCAGUCUGUAACAGAUAAGCAAUUGCAGAGCAACUUGGCUGUGGGCUUAAGUCCCACUCCAGUGACAUCCAGCACAAAAUCUAGACUGAUUCUCCAAUGCAGCAUCCAAGGAGUACUGCACUGCCAGACAUACUCAGUUUCUAGUGAGACAUUAAACCAAGGCCCUGACUAUGCUCCUAGAUCAAACUGAGAGGUAAAUAAACAAUGUUACAGCUUCAGGCCACUUAAAGGCUUGUUAACACUUGUUGUACAUUAAUUAUUAAUUGUGUCCCUGACCCAAGGAAUGCCAAUUGUAAUCAUUUUAAUAAAAUUAAUUCAGUUAAGUAGUUUGAUUUGACUCCUUUUUGCAUCAAAGAUCAGAAAUAUGAGAAAUGGGUUAGACUUUACUGCAGUUCAUUUGGUCCAAAAUGUUAUCCUUGUUCUCACAGAAUCUGUAAGUGUGGAAACACGCCAUUCAUCCCAACAGGGCCACACCAACCCUCCGAAGAGCAUCCCACCCAGACCCAUCUCCUUAUCCUUUCCCUGUAACCCUACGUUUCCCAUGGUUAAAGCACCUAACCUAUACAUCCCUGAAUACUAUGGGGCAAUUUAGCAUGGCCAAUCCACCUAACCUGCACAUCCUUGGACUGUGGGAGGAAAUCUCAUUGUAUCUCAUCUACUCUAUAUUUUUUAAGUACAUUAAAAAAUUCAACUAGCAGACACAAGAAGAAUAUGCAAACUCCACAUAGAAAGUUGCCCAAGGGUGGAAGUGAACCCAGGUUCCUGGGGUUGUGAGGCACUGGGGUGAACAUCUCAGCCACCAUUUCAUCUCUCAUAACCCAAAGCUUCAAAAGUGCCUCUUCUGAGAGACAGGAUUUACAGGCAUUUGGACAGGCAAGUACUCAUUUGGGAUAGUCAGCAUAGUGCAGGAAGUCCAUCUUGCGAAAUUGAUUGAGGUUUUUGAAGGGGUGAUCAAGAAUGUUGAUGAGAGCAGAGUGGUAGACAUUGUCUGGCAAGGCCUUUGACAAGGAACUGCUUGGUAGGUUAAAUCUCAUGGGAUCCAGGGAGACCUAGCCAACUGGAUGCAAAAUUGGCUUGACCAUAGAGGACACGAGGUGGUGGUAGAGAGUUGUUUUUUUCAGACCUGAAACCAGGAUGAGAAUUUAGGAGGUAUGGUUAGCAAGUUUGUGGAUGAUGCCAAGAUUGGUGGUAUAGUGAACAGUGAAGAAAAUUAUCUGGCAAUGCAGCAAGAUCUUGAUCAACAGGUCCAGUGGGCUGAGGAACGGCAGAUGGAGUUUAAUUUAGACAAAUGCAAGGUAUUGCAUUUUGAUGGACCAAACCAGGGCAAGACUUACAUAGUCAAUGGUAGGGCCCUGGGGAGCAUUAUAAAUCAAAGAGAUUGAGGGGUAGAUGUUCAUAGCUCCUUGAAAGUCAAGUCACAGAUAGACAGGAUGGUAAAGGAGGCUUUCAGUAUGCUUGCUUUCAAAGGUCAGGGCAUUGAGUAUAGGAAAUGGGAUGUCUUAGUUGCAGCUGCUCAAGAUAUUGGUGAGGCCACAGUUGGAGUACUUCAUGUAAUUCUGAUAGCCCUACUAUAGAAAGGAAACUAUUAAACUAGAAAGAGAGCAGAAAAGAUUUACGAGAAUGCUACCUGGACUGGCAGGUUUUGAGCUAUGAGGAGAGGCUGGAUAGGCUGAGACUUUUUUCCUGGAGCAGAGGAGGCUGAGGGAUGACUUGAUAAAGGUCCAUAAAAUCAUGAGAGGCAGAGGUGCAGCAAAGAACCAACAGCUUUUCUCCAUGGUAGAGGAGUUUGAAACUAGAGGCCAUAGAGGAGAAAUACAAAAGGGUCGAGAGGGGCAAUUUCCUCACACAGAGGGUCGUAACUGUCUGGAAUGGACAGCCAGAGUUAAUGGUGGAAGAGAGUGCAAUUUUGUCAUUUAAGAAGCAUUUAGGCAGGUACAUGGAUAGGAUAGUUAUGUGAGAUCUUGUGUUCUAAUAACUCAGUCACUAGCUUGCUAUAUUCAUUAUUACUGGUUCCUGUUCAUUCAUUCAUAACCCUUUACUAGCCUGUUAUUUAUUAUAUCACUGUUUCAUUCUUUCAUUCAUAAAACUACAGUUCUGUAUUAUAGUUUACUAUUGCAAGAUAGACUAAGACUAAAGCAGUACUUCCAAACCCCUUACUGUUCCUUUACACCUUCAAUCCUUAUCAGACCUAUUUACAUCAAAAGCUACCUCUGUUAAAUAUCAGACUACUAACCUAUUCAGAACAAUAUCAGCCUUGACGUCAUGCCUCCAUUACCUACCCGAAACUAUGGAAAGAAUAUGUUAAUCAGCCCUUACCAACCGUCUCUCAGAUCUGAAUAGAUUACAAAACAUCAAACAUGUUCCCCAAUUAGUAUGUACUUGUUAAAUACCUUUUAACUGGGCUGUUAUCCCUUUAAGAAACUAAUUGUCAAAACAGCACUUAUGUGAAAUUGUAUAAAUGAAUGAAACUCUCAAAUAGUAAACAAAUUUCAACCCAGUAUGGUAAUCAGUUUAAUAUCCUUUAAAGUUUUAUUAAGUACACGUACAAUUUCUAACUUAUUUAGAUCAUAUAGGCCCAGUAUUAUUUACUAACAUUAACUAACUUAAAAGAUAAAAGGACUAACAUCUCUUAAUUAUGCGAUCAGAUCAGACAGACACCCUUAAUCCUAAGAGGAGCAGCAGCCACCUCUUAGCUCAUGUUAUAACUCAUCUCCUGUUUCCCAAGACGGAAGCCCCUCAAACUUUUGUGUACCUGAGAUAAAACAAUGUAACACCAUAGUAUUGAAAUUUUAAUAUAUGUAAGAACUGUGUAUAAAGAGGCUAUUGUAAGAGUUGUAUUUCAGGAUGUGCUAAUCUGGCUGCUGAAUAAAGAGACUAUUUUUGCCA